CAACUCGCGAUUCAUCCAGUUUGAGUCACCAGAGGUAUAUCUAGUCCUUUCCUAUUUAUACCCUUGCGACAACUAAAAAAAGAAAGACAUAAAAGAGUUCAACAAAUCGUUGCCCAUCAUAUUUCGCUACUUUGGAUUUCGAAGAGCACUCAAUAAUAAAGGAAGAUUGAGUGCAAGCCAAUUUACCUUUUACAAAAAACCUAUUCACUACAGAUCAGUUACAAUGGCUUCAUUGACCCAAGAAAAAACGGAGGCUUUGUAUCAAAAGGACGGCACACUCAGCACACACAGCUCAACCGUCGGCUCGGUAGAGCCUCUAUCAUCCCUUCCAACAGAUGCCCAAUCCCUCUUCAAAGUGCCCGAAGAUGACAAUGCACCAUACAUCCUGACCACACCAUCCACCAUAUUCCACGCCCAGGGAGGCGGCCAGCCAUCCGACACCGGUACCAUCAAGCUCAAUGGCUCAGAAUCGACAUUCCACGUCCACCAAGUCCGCAAGACACCAACAAUCCCAGCAAUACUGCACCUAGGAACCUUCGCCCCACCAGCCGCAGAGUCAGAUUUCAAGCCCAGCACAUCAAUAACACAGGAAAUCGAUCUCCCCAAGAGGAUCCUCCAUUCCCGUCUGCACACCGCAGGCCAUGUACUAGGUCUCGCUAUCAACAUCCUCUCCAAAUCUGGGGUUCUCCCGGCAGACAUCAAGGACGGCAAGGCUUCGCAUUACCCCGGGAUGGCGUUCGUCGAAUGCUUCGGACUGAUUCCCGGCACAGCGAAAGCUGCGAUCCAGCAACAAGUGGACGAGCUCGUUUCCCAAGACUUACCCGUGAAGAUCCAUUUCUGGGGCAAGGAGGAGGCGAGCAAGAAGUGUGUCACUGGAAUCGAAGGUGCUGCCGUUGAUGAUAUUGGCGAUGAUGAGGGCGUUAGAGUUGUGGAGAUUGGGGAUGUAGGGAGUUAUCCUUGUGGUGGGACGCAUGUUUUGAAGUUGAAGGAGUGUGGGAAGAUUAAUGUGAGGACGAUUAAGAGGCAGAAGGGGAUUACGAAGAUUAGCUAUGAGGUGCAAGAUGCUUAAGGGAUGCAGUGUGAGGUUGGCUGGUUAUGACAAUAGAGGUACACAUUACCAUUUCGGCGUUUUAGGAUUUAUGGAGGGAACCGUAUAUGACUAGACACUGCAAAAUACACAGAAAGACAGGUUUCAGGCUAUUCCCUUCAUUAGCACCAACCGGACGAGUAACCCUACGCUCGAUGCCGCGCUGAACAUUUACUUUCCAGCACCCAACCAUCCUAGAAGAGCCUCCUCGAACCUAGCUGGA